AUGGAGGGGAAGAAAUUGAAUCUGUAUGCACCAUUACCAUCAAUAAGGCGAAUUCCAAGUAAAUCAGAGCAUGCAAGCGGACCAGAGAAGAUCAAGAAGACGACAGAUUUUCAAUCAUGUCCGAGCACAGACCAAGAAACGCCGGUUUUUGUCUUACCAGACCAAAGCUUUGAUCAUCUCACAGAACCAGCUUCAGUUCCGUUCUUGUGGGAACAGAUCCCUGGAAAGCCGAAAGAUGAAAUGGCUACAUUGAUUCAAGAAUCAGGCUUGCUAGAAACCGAUGAGGACGAUGAAGAAGAAGAAGAAGAUUUGGAUACGGUUUCUUCAGACAGAAGCUUCUCUGUUAAUUGCAGCACAAGUGGAGUGAGCGAUAUCGACAAAUCUGACAAUGUGGUUUCUAGAGAAAGUCUCGAUCUGAUGCUGUCAAGAUUCUUACCAGCUGCGAAAGCCAUGGCUUUCACACAUCAGAAACAUCAAUCCCCUUCUUCUUAUAACUCUUCAGAGCAGAAGCAAACCAUACAAAACAGAGAAGCUCUUGUAAUUCGCCAAAGAAGUCAACUAGUCUCAGAACAUGAGCAUUUCGCUAUUGUUCAGAGCCUUUAUGAUGAUUUAAACAUCGAUGAUGAUGAUGAGGAUGAAUAUGAUGAUGAUGGUCAUGGUGAUCACCAAAUCUACACAGAAGUUGCCAUUACCAAGAAAGCUUGUGGAUUCUUGCCAAGGCUUUGUGCUAGGAACUCAUUCAAGAUUUCAAACCCGGUUCCUUUGGAUUCAAGAUCAAACCGGGGUUUGAAACAUUCUGGUGAACAAACCGGUUUACCAAACUGGUCAACUAGGCGUCUUUCCGGUUUUAUCUCUCCGUACCGAACUUCUUGUUCGGAAACCGGUUUUCUCGGAACUCCGGACUUCAAAAGGCUACACAGAGGAAUAAGCAAGUCUCAAGAACUGUAUCCAACAAGAUCAAGAAGAGAGGCUCUUCCUAAUUAUUCAAAUUCUGGAGAAAUCCGAAUGUCUAGAAACUCCGUCUCAACUCCUUCGAGGAUCCAAAGGACGACGAUACAGGACUCGAGAUUCCUUGCGGAGGAAGUAAACAGAAGAAGAAGCAGCAGCAGUAAUAGGUCAGGAAAUCUUCUUAAAGCUUCGCCGGAAUAUAUAGCGGCGAUUUCUCCGCCGCCUUUACCAGUAACUCCAUCUAGGCCGUGGCUCCGCCGAACACUCCUCCCGCCGGUGAGCCCGAGACCAAACAGCGUCGUUUCAGGUGAAGUUGGUACCAAGAAACCGAAUCAAGAAAUUCUUGAAUCUACAAAAUGGGAAACCAUUGUUAAGACAUCGUAUGUGCAUAACGAUCACGUUCGUUAUUCUCAGGAGCUGAUUGUUCAUCCCUCUCGCCAGCAAAAUACAUAA